AUGUCGUUCUUUGGGAACGCGUCGAGGUCUACGACGGUGACCACCACCCAGGCAGACAAGGACAUCGAAGUGGCGGACCCGCCGACGGACUCGAUAUCCUCCAUCUCGUUCUCCCCUCAGGCAGACUAUCUUGCUGUGGCGAGCUGGGACAACAAUGUCCGGAUCUAUGAAGUGGGGCAGAAUGGCCAGACGCAGGGAAAGGCGAUGUACGCGCACCAGGGGCCGGUAUUGAGCCUGUGCUGGAACAAAGACGGCACGAAAGUCCUCUCGGGUGGCGCAGACAACGCGGGCAGGAUGUUCGACGUGACCACGGGGCAGUCGCAGCAGGUGGCGCAGCACGACGCGCCAAUAAAGUGCGUGAAGUGGAUCGAGGCCCCACAGGGCGGCAUACUUGCUACGGGAAGUUGGGACAAGACCGUGAAGUAUUGGGACCUGCGCACCCCAACCCCGGUGUCUACCGUUCAGCUUCCGGAGCGCUGCUACACGCUAGACGUCGUUUAUCCCUUGAUGGUCGUUGGUACCGCCGAGCGCCAUGUCCAGAUAUUCACCCUCACCAAUCCCACCACACCGUACAAAACGAUGAUGUCGCCGCUAAAAUGGCAAACACGAGUCGUGUCGUGCUUCCCGGCUGCAAACGGCUUCGCGAUCGGUAGUGUCGAGGGGCGAGUUGCUAUUCAAUAUGUUGAUGAAAAAGAUGCUGCGGAUAACUUUUCAUUCAAAUGUCACAGACGAGACCAGUCGCCGACUCAGAAAGAUCAAUCGCUUGUGUUUGCAGUUAACGAUAUCUCAUUCCAUCCCGUUCACGGGACAUUCUCCACGUGUGGUUCCGAUGGCACAAUCAACUACUGGGACAAGGAUGCGCGCACGCGUCUCAAGUCCUUUGAGCCUGCACCCGGCCCGGUUCCUACGACCUGCUUCAACCGCACGGGUACAAUCUUCGCGUACGCGGUGUCGUAUGACUGGUCGAAAGGUCACUCAGGGAUGACGCCUGGGCACCCGAACAAAUUAAUGCUGCAUGCAUGCAAAGAUGACGAGGUGAAGCGAAAACCAGGGAAGGCCCGAUGA